AUGAGUAGCAUAGCUCUACUUGUCUCUUUCUCUCCUCCUUCGUCUUCUUCCUCGCCACAAUUCCGCACCAGAACCACUCAUUCACCUUCCCAGUUCCCAUUCCACUUCCUCUCCCGUCGGAAGCAAGCAGGAAAGGUUUGGGCCGAUGUCAAGUCCGAGAAGCACGUGCCUGAACCCUCCAGCAAGUACCAGGAUCUCACCCUACACAAGAAAGCAGCACGUGCGUUGGAUAUUGGAGAAGAUGUGGAAGAUGAAGAGACGUCAACAUCAAUAUCUUCUUCGUGGUGGGAAGUUUUUCCCAAAAGAUGGGUUAUCGUAAUUCUUUGCUUCUCCGCUUUUCUUCUAUGUAACAUGGAUAGAGUAAAUAUGAGCAUUGCUAUACUUCCUAUGUCAGCAGAGUACAACUGGAACCCAACCACUGUAGGUUUAGUACAGUCUUCUUUCUUUUGGGGAUACCUCCUCACUCAGAUUGCUGGUGGAAUUUGGGCUGACACAGUGGGAGGGAAGCAGGUUUUGGGAUUCGGCGUCAUUUGGUGGUCCGUCGCUACAAUCCUCACUCCUGUUGCUGCUAAACUCGGGUUGCCUUUCCUACUAGUUGCCCGUGCAUUCAUGGGAGUCGGUGAGGGGGUUGCUAUGCCGGCCAUGAAUAAUAUUCUUUCAAAAUGGGUUCCUGUGGCAGAGAGAAGUAGAUCAUUAGCUCUUGUAUACAGUGGCAUGUACCUUGGAUCAGUCACUGGACUCGCCUUUUCACCUUUCCUAAUUCAUCAGUAUGGAUGGCCAUCAGUGUUUUACUCCUUUGGUUCUCUAGGGACUGUUUGGUUUUGUAUAUGGCUUAAUAAGGCGCAUAGUUCGCCACUUGAUGAUCCUGAAAUGUUGCCAGAAGAAAAGAAGUUAAUUGCUACUAACGGUAUGUCCAAGGAACCUGUGAAGGAAAUACCUUGGAGAUUAAUUUUGUCUAAACCACCAGUCUGGGCCCUGAUAGUGUGCCACUUUUGCCAUAAUUGGGGAACUUUCAUUCUUCUUACAUGGAUGCCAACAUACUAUAACCAAGUGUUGAAGUUCAAUCUUACAGAAUCUGGACUAUUUUGUGUUUUACCAUGGCUUACGAUGGCAAUUUCUGCAAAUUUUGGUGGUUGGAUUGCAGACACUCUUGUGACCCGAGGUGUAUCUGUUACAACGGUCCGCAAGAUAAUGCAAACAGUUGGGUUUCUAGGUCCUGCUUUUUUCUUGACUCAAUUGAGCCACAUUCAUUCUCCUGUAAUGGCUGUUUUGUGUAUGACUUGCAGUCAGGGAACAGAUGCAUUCUCUCAGUCUGGAUUAUAUUCAAACCAUCAAGAUAUAGCCCCUCGAUAUUCUGGGAUACUGCUCGGUCUAUCUAAUACCGCUGGAGUACUUGCUGGUGUUCUUGGAACAGCAGCAACAGGUUACAUUCUACAGCAUGGCUCGUGGGAUGAUGUUUUCAAGGUUUCAGUUGGGCUGUAUUUGGUUGGAACCGUGGUGUGGAACCUUUUUUCAACCGGUGAAAAGAUCAUAGACUAA